UUUUUCCUCCUUCCCAAACGAGUCUGGGCGCCAAGCCCCCGAGUGCUCGUCACGCUGGACCCUGGCGCGGAGCCCUGGCAUCACGACUCGGAGGCCGAGACUCUCUCCUGGAGUCACCCAGGGGAGAUGGAGCCACCUCAUUGUGUGGAGGAGCUGGAGGACGAUGUGUUCCAACCAGAGGAUGGGGAGCCAGGGACGCAGACUGGGAGCUUGCUCUCUGCUGACCUGCUUGCCCAGAGUCAGCUGGACUGCCCCCUUAGCCGGCUUCAGCUCUUCCCUCUCACUCACUGCUGUGGCCCUGGGAUUCGACCCACCAGCCAGGAAGACAAAGCUACCCAGACCCUCAGCCCAGCUUCCCCGAGCCAGGGUGUCAUGCUGCCUUGUGGGGUGACCGAGGAACCCCAGCGACUCUUUUAUGGCAGUGCUGGCUACCGGCUUCCUCUCGCUGCCAGUUUUCCUGCAGGCUUGCCCCUCGGGGCGCAGCCCCGUGAAGGGCAGUGGCAACAUCGAGCAGAGGUACAGAUUGCCCGAAAACUUCAGUGCAUUGCAGACCAGUUCCACCGGCUUCAUAUGCAGCAACACCAGCAGAACCGAAAUCGUGUGUGGUGGCAGAUCCUUCUCUUCCUACACAACCUCGCUUUGAAUGGAGAAGAGAACAGAAAUGGGGCAGGUCCUAGCUUCCAGCUAUACCAGAAGGGCACGCUCUGGAACCCAGCAGGAUCACAGCUGCCUCUGAACUUCCUCCUUUCUCUCCCUGCUGCGGCACUCAUGGAGAGAAUUUAAAGCAGCUGGUCUGGCAGCUCUGAUAGCAGGCACAGGGAAUCUGUUAACAGGACACCUAGAUGUUAAAUGAUAAUUUUUACUUAUGUAAGAAAAGACAACGUUGGUGCUAAAGUUGAAGCAAGGCCCAAGGAAAAGAUGGCUUCCCUGGGCAGAGAAGACUCCGGGGCUACAUUGGAGCCCCAAGGAAAUUGGAGGAGGAGUCCAGAGUAGAUUCUCAAAUCUGAACAAGCCCAAGCUCCUUGAUUCUGCAGAGAGGAGGUCUUCAGUACUGCUGAAGGAGGCAUUGAUCUUCUGGGUGUACAGUUGGCCAGGUUGGUCACUGCACAAGGGCACCUCCAGAGGGGGCUAAUGGAGACUGAAAUUCAGCCUGUGUUAUGCUCACUAAGAUGUGUGCCCUGGUGUGGGGCUACCUCUGCCGGGAAGGAGUGCCUUUCCUAAUUUGCACAAAGGUGCCGUGUGUGCUCACAGUGGCCCUGGGGAGGACCUCAAACUGCACAUAAGCCUUUGUUUUGUUCUGCUAAGAUAUUCUGGAGAUAUUACCUCUUCUUGGCCAGAUUUAUAUUCUCAGGGUGUGUACCAUGGUCUGUCUGCCAAGAAGAUGAAUUCCUGCUUCUAAGAAGGAGCCCAGGGAACAGGCAUGAAGACUGGUUCUGGGACACACUGACCAUUGUGCAGUCCAGCCUUCCCUGUGUGUCUCCAUACCAUUUCAUGAUGUGUAUAGGACAUAUGUUGUUUUCCUCUGUCCUGGGUGAAGGCUGUGACAGGCAGGUUGCUGGUGUAUACUUGAGUGGUACACACACACACACCAAAAAACAGGAUUAUUUAUACUGGCCACUUUUAACCCCUCUUGGCAGACUUUCUACCUGAGCUGAGUGAAAGAGAAAAUGGUCUAGACCUUGGUGCUGGGGCAAAACCAUCAUCCUCAGAGACCUUGCCAGGCCCAGGCUGGAUGCCCUGUGGCCUGUCCUGAGAACUGAGCCCAGAGUUUGACAAGGCCACCUGAACAUCAAGCCUGGGAACAGGUAGAAGGGGUCUUACUGCACUGUCCUCAUCUUAUGCAAAACCGAGAAGGAACUCAGUUAGGCCAGGGUGAAAUGUAACCCCCCUUCUAUCCUCACCCCUUAAAAAAAAGCCCAGAGAUAACUGGCAGAGUACCCCCGGGAGGGAGAGAGGUUCCUCCUGGCUGGCUGUUUUUAAUUGGCCUAGUGAUCUAGACUGGCCCCUUCCCCCUCUGCCUGGUGAGUUGGUCUAAACAUUCCUCAAGUCCAGCCUCAGGAGAUAUGCCCCUCCGGUUGGGCCCCCUCUGUCUCCCAUCCCCCACCUCCAGGAGCCUGGCUGUCUCUAGUGAGGGGGUGGAGAAGCAGAUUUAAAGAGAGUCUGACCUGGGUCCUGACCUGUAACCAGCUGAAGCCUUAUGGGGCUUUUGUGGCUUGCCAAGAGGUGGGGGUUGGGAAAGGGACCUCCCUCCUCUUUGUAGAAAUGCCCUGGAGCAAGGGAAGCCUGAUAUUCAGGGUCAAACAGCCCUUCUAAUUUAGAACCCGACUAGGGGUUUCUAGAAGGCUGAGACAAAUCUGGGGAGGGAACUCCCCAGGCCAGACAUUUGACUCUUCCAGUGAGGUUGGAAGACUCAGCAUGGCCUCUCUGCCUGGGCCUGUUUCAAAGUCUGGGCUGCUGGAGAGCUGUCCCCAGUGGCCUUCUCUUGUUCAAUCCAGGUGAAAAAAGAUCCCCUCCCAGUGACUCCCCUCAGCCUCCAGGGGAGUGGGUCUGUGUCCAGAGCUAUGUGGGAGGCUUGUCUUGAGGGCUCCUCACCUGGCUGACCUGUCUCACUGCCCCUGUGGCCCAGCUCCAUCCUUGGGCAACUCCAGCAUAGUGGGGAGGGGAUGAUUAGGGAUGGUGUAGCCAAGGGCUGCCAUCAGGGAAGGGAGCUGUGGAGCCACUGUGACUGUCCUGGUCAGCAAAUAGCAUGCCACCCCAGUGAAUGCUUAUCUUCUUUUAGUGGGACUUGAUGGGGAGGUGGGGUACGGAGAAUGGAAAGUAGCAGAGUGAGAAGACUUCAGUGCCCGUGGUGUUGCAGGGCUUCUGCACAUCAGAGCAGCUGCUGGCCCAGAGAAAGCUGCAGGGUUCCUCUGUGUAGAUGAGGACCCUUGGAGGCAGGCCAUCCUGGUUGGAUACCCUGGUAGGAAGGGGUUAACCUAUCAGCCUUGGAAGCCUCCUGGGUACACUGUGGACAGUAGGCACCCUUAGGGCUGGUGGGGACUUGGAGCCUUAGGAGAAGCACAGAGAAAGCUGAGCUCCUUCCUUAGAUGCACCAGCCUCCGGUUGAAGGUGCUCAGAGCCCCAUAUGGGCUUCGGGACCUGCACUGUUCCUCUGUCCGUGCAGGUGGCCAGCGCUUCUCCCUGCUCUGGGAGCAUUACCCAGCGAUCCACCCCAUCCCUGCAUCUACAGGGGUUGUCGGGGAGACCCAGUGAGAAUGUAGCAUUUUGUUCAUCCCCAGGUUAGUUGCCCUGGGGUCUGGGCACUCUGCCUCUGGGAAAGGGAAAGGGAAAGAGGGAGAGGAAUGGGGAUCCAUCUUUUUUAACCUGUACAGAGUAUUUGGCUUUAUGUUCUUCACAUGUAUCUAUGUGUGUGUGUAUAUAUAUAUCUUUCCCCUCCAUCAGUUGGUACAAUUUUUAAUAAAAUCAUUAAAA